AUGACAGCAGGCAAUUUGCGCAAUUAUUCGAAUUUGGAAACGAGGCAUAAAUCUUUGCAGCGUAGUACAAUCGAGUCAGAGAAAUGUUUAGAAAAAAGCAAACCCAAAGCAUUCUUUGAAACAAAAAGACAUUCCUUGAAGCAAGCUGAGUUGGACGGUAGUGGGGUAUUUCGGCAGCAAACUUCAAUAGUUGUUGAGGCUUCCUAUGAGAUCAUCAUGUUGAUUGCAAAGAGCAAGGAGAGUCAUAACAUCGGAGCGUCUCUCAUAAAACCAAAUCUACUCCGUGCAGCAGAACUCGUUCUGGAGAAAGAUAGUGCAAACAAGCUUUUCCUGGUCUCCCUAUCAAACGAUACGGUCAAUGGAAGGAUCGACGAAUUGUUUCAAGACGUCAAAGAUCAAAUUCUCAACAAAGUGAGAGAUUCUCCUGUUUUUGCCAUCCAGUGUGACGAAAUUACUGAUAUCGCUCAGUAUUCCCAGCUACUGGUAUCUGCUCGUUUUGUCUCAGGAAACUAUAUAAAAGAGGAAACGUUCUGUCACCUAUUUUUCAUGAUGUAUCAAACUUCUUUCAGGAAAUCCAACUUUCGUGGGAUUCGCUAG